UUUACUCGGUUUAACGGCAACACCACAAACGUAUCCCCAACGAAACAGGGAGAUGACAUUUUUUAAUUGGCCCGUCUUCUUGUUGUACCCCUUCUCUCUCUCUCUCUCUAUCUCCUUUAAAAUCCUUGACUUCUCUUAUCCUCUGUUUGGGAGGUUUCACGAUAUCCUCCCAGACCUCUUCCUUCUGCUUCUCUUCCCAACCUCCUUACGCCCCCAUUAAUGCAUGAAGCCUUUUAGUUUUAGCUUUAAUUUCUGAUCUAUACCAGGCCCCAAACUCUAUUUUCCCUCUCUGCCUGUGUGUGUUUGGCCUGGGUCUCUGCUCUCUAAUGCUCUAAAUCUAGACCCGCCAAACAGACGACCCAGGUUUAAUUUCACAUGUUAAUUGUCUCCUUCGGGCUUCAACCACAAAGUAUCAAAGAUGAAUGACAAUGGAGUUUGUUGACGAGAGGAGGAGGAAGAGGCAGAGGAGCUAACAUCUGAAUCUCAAACCUUACGAUACCAAACAAACUAAUCAACUUUUCUUCGUCGAAAGGGUCUGUGGGAUUUGGUCUAUAACAAAGAUGAAGGGGAUCUAUAAAGGGUUCAAGUUCAUUUCCCAAAUCUUUGGUGUCAAGGAAGUGAAGGAACGCGAGAUGGAGAUUGGGCACCCAACAGAUGUUAAGCAUGUGGCUCACAUUGGGUGGGAUGACCAGAAUUCUGCUGCACCCAGUUGGAUGAACGAAUUCAAGACUUCACAGGAUUACUCAUCAGCGUCCGUAAACAACAUUGCUCAUGAACAAAGGGAUUCCAAUCCUAGUGCUGUUUCACCUUGGUCUUCUCAAGAUUUUGAGCAAACGAUGCAAUCCCAAGCAGCCUCAGAGGCGUUGAACGACACCGCACCUUCAGACAUCCCAAAAGCUCCCAAGAAACCUAAAAAGAAAAAGGUGAAGUCAUCGUCGGCAACUUCUCCCAAGUCGGGGAAGUCCUCCAGAGCAAAAUCAUCAAAAUCUUCAUUACCGGAAGUGGAGACAGCACCUUCUCCUGCGCCAUCAAAAUCAUCAUGAACAUCCAUCUCGUUAUGCUUUAGGUGUAUGUGUGUAUUGGAGGCCUUUCUAUGUGCAAAGAAGCUUAAGAGGGUGAUGGGUUCCCCCUUUUUUUUUUUUGUGCUUGGGAUUUUCACUCUCAAGGCCACAAAGAAAGACAGGUGGGUUGGAUAAUGUUUCCUGUGCAAAGCAAAGAGGAAGUGCUUUUUGCUUCUUUUCCUCGUAAGGUUAGCUUUAAUACAAUGAAAAUAAUAAUUUAUUAUUGGUGAACAUGGGGGGUAUCGGGAAGAAGGACAAGUAUUCAGCAUUCAGCAUUCUGCAUUCAGCAUUGAUGUUUAGCUGUUCUCCAAAUCUUAUAUCGGCCUGUACUUCCUAAAUUGGAAUAUAGUUGAACUCAAAUGACUUGUUUAUGUUUGGAAUUCGGAUUUAUUUUAUAGAAUGGCUAGCAUUAACAAA